CUUCAUUUGGACACGCCCCUUCUGCUCGAUAAGAGCCUCGGCGCUUCUGUGUCAUAGUAACAUCUCCACCAUAAUAGUACUAGUGUGGACCAGUGAAAUUCCACGUUUCUCCUCCGUCGAACUGGACAUUAUAACCGUGACUUCACACAAACGUGGGAUACACGAGGCGCAGAGACUGACAACAUGAGAAAGGUGCAAGGAUGCACGAAGUGUGUGAAAUACCUGCUUUUCUUCUUUAACUUCAUCUUCUGGCUCGCUGGUUCAAUGGUGUUUGCAGUGGGACUGUGGUUAAGGUUGGAUCCUAGUUCAGUCUCAUUAUUUCAAGAAGAGGGAGCCCCUGCAACCUUCUUUUAUGUGACGUAUAUUAUCAUCGGAAUAGGAGCAACCAUGAUGAUUGUGGGUUUCUUCGGGUGCUGUGGAGCCGUAAAGGAGUCACAAUGUCUCCUGGCACUGUUCUUUUCCAGUCUACUUAUCAUUUUAGGGGCAGAAGUGGCUGCAGGAGUUUUUGGCUUUUUAAAGAAAGAGGAGAUUAUUCAAGAGGUUAAAGACUUCUAUAAAAAAAAUGGCAACACCACAUUAACCAUGUGCUGUAAAGGCUCAGAAGGAAUACCUGACACAUCACUGUGUUCUGAUGGCAACAACAAGGACUGCCUUGAAGACAUACAGUUAUUUUUCAAUGAAAAACUCUUCAUCAUAACAUGUACGGGCGUUGGCAUUGCAGCAAUCCUGAUAAUUGGCAUCAUUUUAAGUAUGGUCCUAUGCCGUGGUAUUCAGAGCAACAGAGAAGUCAUAUAGUUGCUCAAAGGCAUUCCAACUUCAGAAUGACCCACCCUGAACCACCUGUUCGGACCUCACUGACCCAAAAACAUUUAAAGACUCACAUAGUUUAGUGAAGAUACUAUUGCAGCUAAUUCUUAUGAUUCUGUGUUUCUGCUGAAUCCCAACCCCAUUGAUUCAGUAUAACUAAAUGAACAUGACUUUACAUCAUUUUGUGUACCUAGGAAGCCAGUUAUUAUAACCUGAUUUUCAUGAUCAAAGCAGAGGAGCUUGGGAAUUUGUUUUUCUUCUCCUUCUAUGCAUUAUAUAAAAUGACUUAUAAUGUAAAUAUUAUAUGUAAAGGACAAGUACUCCUUCAUUUCUGUUGAUGCUUUGGAAUGUUAUUUAGUGUGCAAAUGUUAAUGUUUGCUGUAGUAAUGCAUUCUAUUUAGGUAAUGUUUAUUGUGUCUGAAGUUAGUACUACCAUAUUACAAAAACAUGACUUGAAGAUGGCAUCAACAGCACAGUAUUGCGUGGUGUGGCAUGAAUAGAUGAACAGACCGGUCACCCAGACAUAAUGUGAGAAUGGUGUGACAUGGGAUACCUUUGCCUGGAAAACUGUCAGUAAUUGCUGGUUGCCACUUACCCAUAUUGAUUUUGAGUAGACAAAUAUAAAUUAAACAUUAGCUUUGUACAGGUGAACACACAAGCAAAGUUCUUUAUAUACACAAGCACAACUUGGGUUAACUGAUUGAUUAAAGGUACAGUAAGUUUAAUCACAUAUCCAGUAUGGCCUAGGCCUUUACUAUGUAAGGAGGCUGUGACUGAAAUAUGCUAAAUGUUGAAAUUUAGGGAUUUAGUCUGUUGUCUAAAGCUCAAAUGAGCAAUGUUUUCCAUAGCAUGUGUUUUUAUAACUAUUUCUAAAUAUGAGCUGCAUUAAAAAUAAAAGUAGUCAGAAAAGGAAA